AUGACAAUCUCCUCGUUACACCACCCAUUAUGCCAUGCCGCCAAUUGGACUUGCGAGAGGUAUGACUCUGGCAGCAUCAUCCUAUUGUAUUUGGACAGCUUGGCUGGUGUUAUAGGCGCUGUAUCUCUGCUGCUCACUAAGGAGCAAUUGACGGUGGCAGGCAGUGUGCGUUCUCCGGCGCUGGGCAUCCAGGAGGUAGUUGGCGGCGGCAAGCAGCGUGCGUUCCCUGGUGCUGGUCUUCCUGGCAUCCAGGGGGUGAUGGAUGGUGGCGGAAAGCUGCUCUCCGGUGCAAUGGCCUUCCAUAACGUCACCCUGGAUGCCAGAGAUGAACGAAACUUAAAUAACCAGAGCAGCUGCGAUGUGUUUGUCUACCAGAGGGCUGCCGUGGUGCUCUUCCCCGUUUUCUACACGCUGCUUUUCUUUAUUAGCGUGUGCGGCAACACUCUGGUUCUCUAUGUGACCUGCCGGAGGAAGCAAAAGUUCAACUCCACUUCCAUCUACCUGGUCAACCUGGCACUGUCUGACAUCUUGUUUACCUUGGCGCUGCCAGGCAGGAUAACCUACUACAUACGUCACUUCGACUGGCCCUUUGGAGACCUGCUCUGCAGAAUUACCACACUUCUCUUUUUUGCAAAUACGUACGCAGGCAUUGCCUUCAUGACUUGUCUCAGUCUAGACCGUUACCUGGCCAUGGUACAUCCACACUGGCUCCAGAGUUUGCGUAGCGUGAAGGUGGUCCGGAGGGUCUGCUGCCUGGUCUGGACCCUGGUGUUGCUGGAGAUAACCCCGCUGCUGUUUCAAAGCAUGCUACGUGACCACAAGGACAGACAUACCUGCAUGGAAUACUUCAACUUUGACGGUUCCCGCUCCACCCCUUAUCUCCUGCUUCUGGCCUGCAGCGUCUCCUUCUGCGGCCCUGUCACGGUCAUCUUGCUCUGCUACUACCGGAUCAACCUGAAGCUGCGAGCUGCUACAAAACAGAACAAUUUGAACGGCCGGUUCAGAAGGAAUAACAGAGUCAACACAGUCAUCUUCCUCAUCCUUCUCACCUUCAUCAUAUGCUUCAGCCCCUACCAUCUCAAUCUCAUGCAGUUCAUGCUGAGGAAGAUCCACCACCAGCCAACCUGUCAGGAGUUAAGAUCUUUCAAGGUUUCAUUACAGGUUACAGUCUCGCUGAUGAAUUUCAACUGCUGUGUGGAUCCAGUUAUCUACUUCUUUGCCAUUAAGACAUACAGACAGAGGGUGCUGAGUCUUUUUAAGGGCUAUCUGUUGACAACCCGUGUCUCGUCCAAAUCCACCACAGAGAACAGCAGCAGCAACACCUGA